ACCCACUCCAAUGUCAUCAUCCUGCGCCCUUGGUAUGGAAAUGAAGGAUGUUAAAAUCGCUCAGUACAGCCUGGAAUUACCAGCACGGAAACUGACAUGAAACUGAACAGUUGGGGCUGAUGUUUAGACAUCCCAUUUAUUUUUAGGAAUCACCUUUGGUUUUAUUUAAGGAGGAAGGGAAGAGUGUGUGUUGUGGGGCGGGAGGUGGAGGAGAAAUGUGUCCUUUAUUUGCAAACGUGUGCCUUUUCUUUGAGAUAGAUUAAGCCCACGUUUUCCGGGCGUGAUGGCGACGCUAGACAAGAACCACCGCGUCUCCCGGAGCGACAGACGCUCCAGCCGGGGCAGGAUUCCCUGGAUUGUUGUCCUGCUCUCCGCUUCUUUUGCUCUGGCUGUCAUCUGUAUCUCCUCGGGUCUGUAUUUCACAGCCCAACAACCACUCGUGAGCGCGGAAGACUGGACCCAGAGGAAGUUUAAACACAAGCCAAAGAGUAUCAUGUCCAGUCAGGUGAGGCACUUCAGCUCCCUCAUCAACUUCCAACGCCUAUGGGACGUCUUCCUGGUGCCAAUGCUGAUCGAACGAUACCCUGGAUCAGAGGGCAUCGAAUUUGUCCGGCAGCACAUCAAGGGGCAUCUGCUGUCACUGUCUGCCCACUGGAGUGUGGACCUGGACACGUUUGAGGACAGCACCCCCCACGGCAAGCAGACAUUCUCCAACAUUGUGGCCACGCUGGACCCCUCUGCCAGGCGCCGCCUGGUCCUGGUGUGCCACUAUGACUCCAAGUAUUUCCAACGGGACAACCAGGGACGCGUCUAUGUGGGUGCCACUGACUCGGCUGUGCCUUGUGCCAUGAUGCUGGAACUGGCCCGCUCGCUCGACAAACAGCUGGUCAAACUCAAAGACAAGAGUCCGGACCUGACUCUCCAGCUGCUGUUCCUGGAUGGUGAGGAGGCGUUUGUUAAUUGGAGCCCCACGGACUCUCUCUAUGGCUCCCGGCACCUGGCUGAACGAAUGGCCAGGACCAAGCACCCGCAGGCAACUGAUAGCACCACACUGAUCGACUCAGUGGAUCUGUUUGUGCUCCUGGACCUCCUCGGUGAAGCCAAGCCCCAGAUCCUGAAUCACUUCAAGAACACAGCCCGAUGGUUCAGUCGUUUGGUUGGAAUCGAGAAGAGGCUACACAAGCUGGGCCUGCUGCAGCACCAUCCCAUCGAGGUGAUGUACUUUAAUGGAGACACCUACUAUGGCCCCAUCCAGGAUGACCAUGUGCCGUUCCUGCAGAAAGGCGUUCCGAUCCUGCACUUGAUUUCCACCCCGUUUCCCCGGGUCUGGCACACGAUGGAGGACACGGCAGAGAAUCUGCAUCCACCUACCAUCGAGAACCUCUGCAGGAUCCUGAGCGUGUUCCUGGCGGAAUACCUGGGCUUGUAAUGACUGGGAAAGAGAUGGGCUCAACGCUGCGAGGUUUUGGGGGGGACAACGGACAUGCCCAGAAAGACUACCCGCCCUCCCCCCCCCCACUGUACAGAAAGAAGAAUGUUUUACCUCGACUGUAACACAUACGGUCACAGUGUAGAUAUUCUCCAACUGGGGCACGGGAUGCUUCAGUCUGGCUCUCUGUUAAUGUUUGUACACUUUUUCUCUUCUGUCUAUUCCUCCGACUCACUGACUCACUGUCUGUCUCUUACAGCUGGUCAAUCUCACUGUGUGUAUGUAUUGUUUUUUCUCUCUCUGCCUGUGUGUGUGUGUGUGUGUGUGUGUGUGUGUGUGUGAGAGAGAGAGAUUGGGUGUGUUUAUACAAUGGUGUGUGUGUUUGAAUAACAGCAAGUGUGUGUAUAAAACAGUGUGUUUGUGUAACCGUGAGUGUGAAUGUUAAUGUGACGGUGUGAGUAUAUGUGUGUGAGAAACAAAGAACAUUACAGCACAGGAAUAGGCCCUUCGACCCUCCAAGCCUCAUCGACCCAGAUCCUCUUUGUAAACCUGUUGCCUAUUUUCUGAGGGUCUGUAACACUUGUCCGUUCAUGUAUCUGUCUAGGUACAUCUUAAAUGAGACCGUAUGAGUGUGCGUGUGAGAGACGGUGAGCGUGUGCGGCUGGGUGUACUUACUGACAGCGCACACUCCCCUUGUGAAUAAAAGCCAGGCCAUCGCUAUUAGCCAGGAGCUCCUCACUGAAGUGUGGCCCAGGCCCCAUCUCAGUCUUACUUUGAAUUCCUUACCUGCCACCCAGCAAUAUCAACAUUAAAAUGUAGUUUCACAUCUGCUCCAAUGAAUCCACGUCCACAUCCUUCAAACCACCAUCUUGUCUCCCCUGAAUUCCUUCAUCGCUAGUUUUCAGUCUGUCAAUAGGAAACGUCCCAUCUCUCCUUUAUUCUCUUUCUCUUGUCUCCCUGCUCCAUGAUGUAAAACCAAGGAGCCCUGGCCCCAUAUUCCUGUAUGAUUCCCAUUUCCAGGAUGUACCAUGGAGCACAGGAGCUAUGCCCCCUACAGUCAGGAUUGAACACUGCAGCCUUGGCUGCCCAUUGGGAGGGAGUGAUAUAAACACUGCCCUGUUCUGAGCUUCAUCUCCUGGCCUGUUGUGGGAUUUUGCUAUGCAACACAAUUUGGAGGCCUUGCUUCUCCAAGCUGUCCGAGACAUUGUGAAGUGCUACAGAAAUGUACACCUCUUAGGGGAGAUGGUGCUCAUGUCACAACUGAUAGGAGAUGCUGGUUCGAACCCCACGUUGGAAGUUAAAUUCAAAUUGCUAAUUUAAUUAAAGAAAAUCAGGAAUUGAAAUCCAAUCUCUGUAAAUGGUGGCUGUGGAAUUAUCUGCAAUUGUUGUACAAACCUCAUCUGGGUCACUAAUGCCCUUUGGGGAUGGAAAUCUGCCAUCCUUACCUGGUCUGGCCUACGUGUGACUCCAGGCCUAUACGUGACUCCAGAUCCGCAGCGAUGUGGUUGGACUCUAAACUGCCCUCUGAAAUGGACACCCAAGACACUCCGUUCAAGGGCAGUUAGGGACAGGGAACAAAUUCUGCCAUUUUCAGCGAUUUUUUUCCCCCACAUCCCACACAACAGACACAUGCGUAGAGAUGCCAAAUGGAUUUAACUUCCAGGGUUAAAAGUGCUGGAGAUCAUAGCGGGUGAAGCAGUAUCUGUGGAGAGAGAGCAAGCUAACAUUUCAUCAGAUUUCAGCAUCUGCUCCUGAUUUCUAAGGUUCGUGUUUGGGGUUGGAGUUAGUUUGGAUAAAGUUAAAAAUCUCACAACUCCAGGAUAUAGUCCAAAGGGUUCAUUUGAAAGUACAAGGUAUUUUUUAACUUCGUCCACCCUAGUCCCACACUGGCGCCUCCGCAUCUUAGUUUGGAUAGGGGCUGGUGGGAUGUGGGAAACAGGGGGGAUAAAUGUUGUUUGAGUGUGGGUAAAUCUUAACAGGGACCAACUGGGCCAUGUUCCUGACUUUGCUUUUGCGUGAGUGAGAUCUUCACUGCUAGUCCUGCACUGCCCACUGGAGGGCAGCAAUGUUCUAUAGAUGCCACAUCAAGCUGUGCUCUGGAAAAUUGUUACUUGAGAAUCCCUACAGUGUGGACACAGGCCCUUCGGCCCAACAACUCCACACCAACCCUCCAAAGAGUAACUCACCCAGACCCCAUUCCCCUUACUAUCCUGUAUUUAUCCCUGACCAAUGCACCUAGCCUGCACAUCCUUGAAUGCUAUGGGGAAAUUUCCCACUGUCAAUCCACCCAGACCUACACGUCUUUGGGAGGAAACCAGAGCACCCGGAGGAAAUCUAGGGCAGCCACUGGGAGAAUGUGCAAAUUCCACACAGACAGUCGCCCAAGGGUGGGAUCGAACGCGAGUCCCUGGCUCUGUGAGGCAACAGUGCUAGCCACUGUGCUGCCAAGUGAUGGAACGUGGAGACUUGCUGUUUCCAUGUUCAAAUCCUACCCUAGGUCCUGAAGGCACCAGGGAGGUUGAGAAAUUUAAUUGAAAUCUGGAACUAAAAUGUCAAAAUUUUAAAAAAAUUUCAGAUAACCAUAACAAAAUGAUGAUAUAUUAAGAAGUGUAAAGAGAUAUGAUUGCCUGGUGAAUUGGGACAAUGGUAGAGCAAGUAAUUGGGAAAAUCAAUGAUUGUUCAGUACAAGAAGAUUGGAGUUACAGGGUUCUACUGUGGUUCUGUGGGGUUUGGUAAGCAGGAACUAGAGUAUUAUCAGUGUAGAAAUGUUAGGGUUUACCCACAGAUGUGCAAAUAGCUCAAACAGCAGUUAUCCUUUUGCCCAUUGUCUGUGUUGAUGGUCCAAUAUCCAAUUGUUCUAAUCCCAUUUUCCAGCCCACAGCCUUUUCAAGUGCACAUCUUGAUAUAACUUAAAGGUUCCUGUCUCUCUCUCUCUCUCUCUCUCUCGGGCAAUGACUUCCAAGCUCCUCGCCAUCCUCUGAGUGAAAAGGAAU